AUGACCAGCCCCACUGACUACGACUACCUCGCCACUCCUCCCGACCAGUACUCGGUCGAGGUCGGCGAGGCCCGCCCCGGCGAGACCCGCCCCCGCCGCCACUACCUCCUCGGCGACAAGCCCCUGGUCAACGGCGCGGAGUUCUUCAACUCCCAGAACCUCUGGGAGGGCUUCCUCGGCGGUGAGAAGGCCUCCAACGGCGGCACCUGCCUCGGUGUGCGCGCCAAGAACGCCGACGGUACCGCCGGCGACUUUGUCUGGCAGAGCUACGCGCAGAUCCGCGCGCGCGCCCUCAACGUCGGCCACGCCCUCACCCACCUCGGCCUCACCACCCAGGGCUUCGUCGGGCUGUACUCGGUCAACCGCCUCGAGUGGACCCUCGGCGAGCUCGGGUCCUACACCAAGAACCUCUGCACGGUCCCCCUGUACGACACCCUCGGCGAUGAGUCCAUCGUCUUCAUCAUCAACCAGACCGAGAUGACCCUGGUCUUUGCCACUUGCGACAAGGCGGCCAACCUCCUCCGGCUGAAGGAGCGCAUCCCCACCCUGAAGACCAUCAUCCUCAUGGAUGCCCCCCCCACCGGCGACACCCCCUACUACCCGGAUGAGGCGGCCCGCGCGGCGUGCGUCUUCGCCCCGGCCGACCUGGCCACCAAGGCCCGCACCGACCUGACCGAGGCCGGCUUCGAGGUCUACGCCCACCUGGACCUGGAGAAGCUCGGCUCGGAGAACCCCUCGGACCUGGUGGCCGCCACUCCGGACGACCUGGCCACCAUCUGCUACACCUCCGGCACCACGGGCCUGCCCAAGGGUGUCAUGCUGACCCACAACAACAUCCUGUCCGACGGCGCGGGUUUCAUGUACCUCGGCGAUCGCGGCGAGUCCAUCAUCAUCAACAGCUCCUCCUACUAUCUGUCCUUCCUGCCGCUGGCCCACGUCUUCGAGCGCGUGGUCUUCCAGGUGCUGCUCCUGCGCGGUGCCACCAUCGGCUUCUACCAGGGGGACAUCCGCACCCUGAUGGACGACAUUGCCGCCCUGCGGCCCACCAUCUUCGUGGCCGUGCCGCGCCUGCUCAACCGCGUGUACGACCGCAUUCGCGCCACCAUCGACGCGUCGCCCUUCCUGUCGAAGUUCCUCUUCGACACGGCCUACAACACCAAGCUGGCCAAUGUCGCCUCCGGCUCUCGCACCCACUGGCUCUGGGAUCGUCUGGUCUUCAGCAAGGUCCGCGAGCGUCUGGGCGGUCGUGUCCAGUACAUCCUGUCCGGCUCGGCCCCGGUGUCGGCCGAGAUCCUGCAGUUCCUGCGUGUGUGCUUCAGCUGCUACGUCUUCGAGGGCUACGGCCAGACCGAGACCACCGCCGGUGCCACCCUCACCUGCAAGUCGGACUUCUCUUCCGGCCACACCGGGCCCCCGAUGCCCAACAUCGAGGUCAAGCUGGUCGACGUGCCGGAGAUGAACUACUUCAGCACCGACAAGCCCUUCCCCCGCGGUGAGGUGUGCCUGCGUGGCUAUUCCAUCACCCAUGGCUACUACAAGGACGAGGAGAAGACCCGUACGUGUGCUGCGCGCCCGUGCCCUCUGUGA